CAGCAAACCAGCUGGGUCAGAUGUCAUGUGACGUCAUGUAGACCUAUUUACUCACAUUUUAAACGCUCAGAUAGCGUACCAUGAAACACAGCAGGAUAAUGGCCGGGAUCAAGUGUGUUGUGUUUUUGGUGGUCCUGACUUUUCAGUGGACUUUUGUAAAAGCAGAUACUGAAGUGUCCUGUGUUUAUAUGAAGAACUGCACAUUGCCAUGCAGCUAUGAGGGUGCUGAUGUAGUCAUCCACUGGUUUCAGGUGUCAGCAGGAAAUCUUUCCGUUCACUCAUUCUUCAAAAACCAAGACCAGCCAGAAAACUCAGCCCAGCACUUCAGAGGCAGAGCAUCAACCUUCAAGGACCAGAUCUCCAGAGGAAACGCCUCAGUCCUGCUGACAGGAGUGAAGGUUCAGGAUGAGGGCAGAUAUAGAUGCUACACCAGCACCACCAAUGGAAACAAGGAGUCAUUUAUCAACCUAAAGAUAGAUGCUCCAAUCCAUAAACUUACCAUUGAGCUGGCAGUAAAAAGGAUCACCUGCAGGUCAGAGGGGAUCUAUCCAAAGCCUGAACUCACCUGGGCCACCAGCCCUCCAUCCAAUCUUACAUUCAAGAACACCACCACAGUCCAGCAGACUGAACAGCAGCUUUACAACAUCAGCAGCUCUCUGGUCCCUUCAAGCAGUGAUGGGGAUGUGGAGUACAGCUGCACCAUCAGCACUCGCAGAAACAGGAUGGAACUAACUGUUACAAACAAAUUUUCUCAAGAUGUUCUUGAGCAUGAGAACACAAUCCCAUGCAGACCAUCAAACAUUCAACUCUCAAAUCUCAUUUGGAGAUUUAACUUCAAGGAGGUCAUCCUGAAUGGGACUGUCACCAACUACACAGUCUCAGAGAAAUGGAAGCAACAUGUGAAGAAGCUUUCAGAGUCAGGCAGCCUCACACUACAGAAUAUACCUGCAGAUCAGGAGGGAUUCUACACAUGUGAAGUCACUGAUGCUGAAGAGAUGACAAUAAGUCUCAGAUCUGUGGAGAUUCAUAAUGGAGCUAUUGUAGGAGGGGUGAUUGCAGCCAUUGUGAUUACAGGAGUAGUAGCAGCAGUUGGCUUCAUGCUGUACAAGCACAAAAGAGAGCAACAAGAACGACGACGCAGAGACAACGAAACACACACUAACACUGAACUUCAGCCCAUGACUGCUCCCAGCAGUGAUGCUUCAGCCCCGCAGUGAACCCUCUGCUCUCUCUAAGUGUCGGCUCUCUGCUCAGUAAAGCACAAACUUUCAUAAGUGAAAAACCUGCUGAAGACGACCUUCAUGAAUAAACACACACACACACACACACACACACACACACACACACACACACACACACACACACACACCAAAGAUAUUAAGGAUUGUGCAUUAAUAUAUGAUAUUGUGAAAACUGUUGUCGGAACCAUACUGAAUUUAGCCAGAUAAAUAUUUUAUAUAGUGAGAGAGAGAGUAUGCAAAUGCAUAACAAACAGCCAUUAUAAUCCAUCAUACACUGAGAAUAGCAGACAAAUCAACAGUACAGCUCUUCCAA